CGUGUUGUCAUGCUUUGCUUUUACUUUAGUUUUGAGUUGUAGAAGUUUGCCUUGUUUGUACGCUGCUUUAUGUGUAACCGACUGGUGGUUGCGAUCAGGUUUUACGAACCAGUGCCAACUGAAAGCGGCGAAAUGCUUCGUGAGCGAUGGAGAAGCGGGCUGGCUUCAUGACCGGGAUUCGCUAACCAAGUGCACCCUUUUGCCGCCCUCACGAUGGCAGCGGCUUUCGGUGAGGUCAACGAGACUCCGCUGAUGUUUUCUCGGAGCAGCUCGCUCGGAUCUCUCAGCAGCCUGGAUCGACAAGCCGCACUAAAUGCCCACAACCUCUCCGUCAAUCAAAGCCAGCAUACAAGUGGAGCUGUCUCUCCCAGUGACCUACCUGACUCUCCGAGCCAGACGAUGCCACCGAGCCCACGCCACCGUUCUCCUGAACCUGUUUUCCGGCUUCCCCCUUGCAGAAAGCCCAUCCCACAGCCAAUUGGUGGUGUGUUCCAAGACUGCCCACGAAGCUUUGCAGAAGAAGGAACUCCUUGCCGCAUGUCACAGGCGACCAGCCUCAGCUCUCUUACUCAAGAUGAUGACGCCAGUAACACGGAAAAAAUGCUCAGGGCAUAUUACGAGCGGAAGCACUUGCAAGGUCACUCUCAUAUGCCAUCCCACGGUGUCGCCAUCAUUGACGAAGGUGCAGUCGAAGUAUUUGCAGACACAACACGACGAUAUGCUCAUGAAGGCACACCACGCCGCUACUCUAGACCUGACAGCCCCUGUUUAUUAACUAACGAGAACAAUGCCUGUUCGCAAAAUGUUGUCCCUGAUUGGGAUGAUGACUAUGAAAUGAGGCCUCACCAAGAAAAGCAGCCUGUGCCUUUUGAUAGAAAUCACAGUCAUAGGUGGAGUGGUGAGCGAGCCCAGAAAUCUCACGUAACACAUAAGCAUGUCUCAUUCAAUGACGACUGUGUCAUGCGCCCAUCGCAUGAAGACACUGCUGUGCCCUACUUUGCCGAGGACUGUGUUCGUGUUUAUUGCACGGAAGGUACACCGUCUGUUCUUUCCCAUGCACCUUCCCUGAAUGACCUUGGCAGUGCUAAAUCCUGGCCUAAUCCGCAGACUGCAGUUGACGUCAUGCUCGAAGUUUCACCCGAUGGUUGUUGUAGGCCUUCGUCACAAAGCAGCCAGGAAAAUCCCAAGCCACAGAGACGCCAUGAACGUGCAUCACUAAAUGACGACUGCCAUCUUCAGUCCCCGCAUGAAACAGAGUCACCAUCUUUUGAAGAAGAUUGUUUGCGUGUGUACUGCACAGAGGACACACCAUCAUUACUUUCCCAUUCUGCGUCGUUCACUGACCUCAGCAUGGGUCACGAUGAUAGUAAGAAUUGGGAAUCAGCUGAGCACUCUCCGAAGCCGCCUUGCAUCAAGUCAGAAGCCCUUAUUGAUGUUUCUGAUGAAGAGGAAGGCAGCGCUGAUCUCAUAGUGCAGUGUAUUCAGCUGGGCUGGCAGGUCUCACAGUCAUCAAAUUGUCAGCCAAAAACUAAAAGCUGGAGCAAAGUGCCAGAGGACAGUAUUACUAUAAGUGCACCAGUGCCAAAACCAAGGAGCAUAAACAGUACUCCGGGGAAAGCUUCAUCUAUUGCCGAUAAAAGCAGCUCAUUGUCGCUUUUGCCGUCUAGUCAUGUAACUUGUCAAAGUAAAUUGCAGCAUACCGUUGAGAAUAGCGCCUUGCCAAAGGAAAUGCCUUCACACAAAUUCAGGUUGGCACGAGCCAGACAGAGCUCAAGUGUGAGCAGUCUUGUUGAAACAACCUCUCCAAAACUUACUUGGAAGAGCAGUAGCAUCGGGAAUGUAGGUGAACUAAACAAACACUUUGGAGGCUGCUCAGUGGCUUUGGAGAGUCAUUUGGAUGCCAGCCAGCCUUCGUCUACACAAAACUUCAUGAUGAACUCUUGUGCAGACCAAAGCAAUAGCAUGCAUGGCAGCUUGGAUCAAAUGGAAUCACUAUGCCAAGAUAGUAGUGAUGAAGAAGAUGAUGCUCGUUUGUUGCAGGAAGUAGUGAUGAUGGGAAGGGCGCUAGCUGCAAACCCAGACUUAUCUGUAAACAUGGCGUCUCCAAGCACACAAUCACCCAAGGCGCCUCCUCAGUCAGAUAUGCAGUCCCCACCUUCAAGCACACCUUCCAUUUCAGUAGCAAGCCCUUUGAGACCUCAGCAGUAUGCUCAAGACACCAGGCAUGGUGUUGCUUCAACUUCAAUGAGCAUUGAAGAUAACACAGUUAAAGUGCCACUUGUGUCCCCUAGUCAUGUUUGUUCCAAACCUGAAGGUAGCAAUUUUCUGGAUGACAGUAUGCACCUAUCUGAAAGCAGUGAUGAAGAGCAGGACAGCAAGAUCUUGCUUGAAGUGAUCAGUCUUGGGCGUGCGGCUGUGGGCAAACAGCAGCAUUCUGGAGGCAAGAGCAUGAACUCAAACACUAAGUGCCUCCAGAAGAAUGAGUCUCGUGUUCAGCGUGAAAGUUCUUCAGUACUUGUAGGAGAUAGCUCCUGCAUGACGAUGCAGCCUGCUGUCCGUGACCCACCACCUCCCAUUCAAUAUCCAGCAUCUCCUCGUGCAGUGCCAGAUGUUAACGACUGUUUAAUUCAUGACGACGACGAUGAUGAUGGCAAGUUGCUAAAGGAGGUGAUCAUGCUUGGCCUUUCAAGUGUGCAAAGCAUAGCUUUAAAAAGCUUACCACCACCACACAUUGGCAAAGGGUCAAUAACUGUGCCCGAGAAGGAGAUCCCAGCCAUUGCAACACCACGUGGUGACAGUGACAAGCAAACUAAUGCUCCUAAAGACGGCCCUCCUGUACCCGUAAAAGCACCGGUUUGCGACAGUGAACAUAAAAACACUCACAGCAAUGAGGGAGAACAGAAAGACAAGCUUGCUGUUCCUCCCGAGCCUCCAGCAGACUCCUCGGACCGUGUUGUCCAGAUUCGUCUUAAGUUGCCAAAUGGUCGAUCGCUGACUCGACGCUUUCUCGCAUCGGCAGAGCUCGGUGUACUGCUGGUCUUUCUUGACUCUCUAGGCUAUCCGCUCACCAGGUUCAAGAUACUCAAGAAUUGGCGCAGACAAGAGCUUGCUACAAUAAACCCAAAACAGACUCUGGAACAACUCAAACUUUACCCGAAAAAGACUCUGACAAUAAAGGAGCGAUAGCCCUAUUGGUUUUUACA